UGACAUUUAGAGCUCCUUGCAACGAAAGGGCGGAAGACGUUGCCUGAACCCGUUCUGGAGGGAGUCCGGCGUCCGUCGUCCACCCCGGGGCCCGGGUGGUGCCGUCCGGGACUGGCAGUGGGGUCCUCCGAGCUCCGCGCCAGCCCCCAAGCAGGGAAGCGCGCGGGAUUCAGGCCCCGGGUCACCACCCCGCGACCCUCAGGAUGCCGGAGGCAAAGAGCUCCUGCCAGGACCUCUUGCGAUGGAAGAAGCAGCCGGUGCGCCGCACGAUCAGCCAGAUCUGCCCACCCCCGCGGCGGCCCCUGACCGUGGCGGACGUCCGGCCGGGCAUGGAGAACGAGAGGCUGGGGGUCGUGCGGGAUUCCAUGUUUCAGAACCCGCUCAUCGUCAAGGCUGAACUCGGGAAGCCCCGGGAAAGAAGCUACAGUCUGCCUGGAAUUAAUUUUAAUUACGGACUCUACACCCGGGGACUGGAUGGAGGGGUCCCCGAAGCCAUCGGACACUGGCAUGUGUUUAAACAGCAGACCCCCUGCCCCCACGAGCUGACCCGGAAUUACAUCGCCAUGAAUCGCGGGGCCGUGAGAACUGGCCUGGUAACUGCUCCUGAGAACCUCCUUUACCGUCAGCUCAAUGACAUCCGCAUCAGUGACCAGGAUGACCGGAAGAUGAAGAAGGAACUGCCCUCUUUCCCUCCAGAUACGACAUUUGGGAUCCGGUCACGGCCUUCCACCCCCUUCUUUGACCUACUGCAGAACCGGUACCAGCAGCUGUGGGUGCAGGAACAAAAGGCUACUCAGAAAGCCAUUAAACUGGAAAGAAAGCACAAGGUGUUCCUUGGGAAGCUGUAUGAGACCAGGAGCAGUCAGCUGAGGAAGCACAAGCCGCCUGUGAAGCUGGAUGCCCUCUGGCAUUUGCCUCACUUCCAGAAGGUGGGCCCCCAUCUCGAUACCUUCCCCACCGAGGCUGAUCGCCAGAGAGCACUCAAAGCUCUCCGGGAAGAGCGUGCCGUGCGCCAGGGGACCCUGCGGAUGGGCACCUACACCCACCCCUAAAGCCUUCUUGGCACAGUAGAAAAUUCCAGAAGGAUUCACUUUUCUGGCCCCAAAUGACAUAAGACAUUCCCCUAUUUUUACAAAGGUUCUGCUUCUGCCAGGACCUCAGAUUUAGGUAUUAGGUUAAUUAUUUUUGUUAAGAGUCCCCCUCCUUGGUUAGCCAACACUAGCUCACCUUAGCCCCAGCAACUUGUACCUCCUAAGGCAGGCUACCCACCCUGUCUUCAUAAGCCCUCACCUGACAAGAGAAACCCAAAUUCCAAGGCAGAUUUUAGACUCCAGGCUAAGGGGUGGUUCCAAGGCUCUACCCAUUAAGUGUUAAGAACAACCCGGGUAUUUCUUGCAGAAAGCACGACAGUAACACGCUCUGAAAAUCCUUAUUUUAUAUUCCAAACGCGAGUUUUAAUGGCUCUUUUGGGGACGCCUGAUGUCUCCCUGGGACCUCGGAGGCAGGAAAACCUAACGCUCACAAACCAAAAUGCCACACACACUAUCCCCCCUGGGGGCCUGCCCCUACCUCCUCCAUAUCUGCCCUGUCAAUCAGGCAGGCCAACCUGGGCUUCUCCGCUCAGACUGAGCCUUCCGGGUGGUGGGCAGUCUGAAAGGGCACUGGCUGAGGAACUUCUCAGCCAAACUCCGGGGCAGUUCUCACCUCCAUCUUUCUGCACGUUCUUUGGCUUCUCCCCACAAAUUACACACUGAUCUAUUUUAAAUUAAAAUGCUAUUUGUCAUCUGAACCAGUGAAGCUUUACUUGGUGUGAGAACCCACCUCAAACUCUUCAGAUGACGCCGUCACCACACGGAGACUCUUCAAGGUAGCCUACCUCCUCCAACACAUCCCGACGGUGCCUGGACAGUCAGGCUCAUUUCCUGGAUCUUAAACCCCAUUUCUAGUCUGAGGAUUCCUGCGUGGAAUUCCAGACUCACUUAUCCAACUGCUCCCUUGAGGCUGCCACUCAAGUGUCAGGUAGUCAUCUCAAACCAACACAGGGAAGACAGGACACUUGGUGGGGUUUCAUUCUCCCCACACUUGCUUCUCCCUCCGUCUUUCCCAUCUCAUAAACGAGACCAUCAUCGACGCAGCUGUGGAAGCCAAAACCCUUCAUUACUCUGUUUCCUUCGCCUCUCACACCUGAUCCGUCAACAAGCCUCUCUCUGAACCGCACCAUCUGUCUGGAGAAUUACAGAAGGUUCCUUAACCAUCUCCCUGCUUCAGCCUCACAGUCCAAUCUCCUCCACCAAGCAGUCCCUUAGCCACAGCGCUCACUCCUGCUUUAGACUUUCUGCUUG